AUGGUCAUAUUUUAUCGCCGGCCCCUACCGAACUGUUCUGACCUCAUGCUACCACUCACCAACAUGCUCUCUAACAUCAAGGCUCUCCUUGAACUUACUGGUGACCCACUGACUGCUUUCGAGAGAAUCAAGGCUUCUCUUGCUGACGCAACCCCGCUCACGCACCCUGCUCUCGAAGCUCAGCUGUCCCUGGCGGCUGACGCUUUGACUGUUGCCGUAAGACCAGUCCUCCGACAAAACCCUAAAAAUUCCACACGACCACUGGCUUUCUUCCCUAAGAGACUCUAGUCCCUGGGACGCAAUAUAAUGCUUUUGGUCAUGAGUUGCUUGCCAAGUACCUGGCUGUGAAGCAUUUCCGACUCUUCCUUUAAGGUCGUGACUUCAUCCUUUUCACAGAACACAAGCUGCUUUCGAUCCCACUCUGGCAAAUAUAACCCAAGAAAGGUUGCCCAUUUGGGCCACAUCUCCUAAUUCCCCGCUGACAUCCUCCACAUUGAUGGCACGAAAAGUGAGGUAGCUGACAUGCUGUACAGACCCUCCCUCUCCGCGUUGUGACUUUCACAUGUGAUCGACCUUGAUACCUAGGAAACUGAACAGCAGCGUGCAGGUUGUCCUGACGACGAGUCUGUUAGAGGUCUCCAGGUCACAGAAUUUCUCCAACCAUCGCUAUUGGUACCAUCUGUUUGUGACGCCCUGGCUCCCAUUCACCAUGCCUUCAUGCUCGCCUCGAUGCGUCGAGCUCUGAGUCAAUCGCUCCAUGGGCUCUUCCGCCCUGUUAUCCGAACCCCAUGAAAGCUCCUCGCGGAAAUUUCAUAUGGCCUGGCAUAAACAAGGAUAUCAAAGCUUGGACACGGUUGUGUUUGAGCUCCCCAGAGAAAAAGGAAACAACGCCACAACAAGUCUCCACCAGGCACCUUCCACACCCAUGACGCAUGGUUCUGUCAUAUGUGUCUGGAUGUCAUAGACAUUUGCCUCCACCUACUUGCUACACUCACCUCUUCAUCUGCGUCGUUCGGUAAACCCGCUGUGCUGAAGGCACCCCUUUAUGAAACAUGCAAGCAGACACCAUUCUGAUGGCUUUCGUCAGUCGUUGGGUCGUCAUUUUCGGUGCUCCAUCCACGGUUACCACUGACCGUGGUGUCCAAUUUUAGUCUGUCUUCUUCCAAGCCCUCCUCACUUUUCUUGGCGCACAGGCAUUCGGACGACGGCCUACCAUCCAGCUGCCAACGGCACGGUCGAAUGUUUCCACUGCCAGCUAAAGACGGCCCUGUGUGCCGCAGAAAACUCGACGAACUGAUCCGACAACCUGCCCAUUGCAAUUCUUGGCAUUUGCACGACACUAAAGUCAUGUUUGGACUGUAGCGUAGCCGAAAUGAUAUUCGACACUAACUCCCGGACUGCCAGGCGAGAUGGUCCCCUUAAUAUCUCGUGAUGCGGAGGAAAAUCUCGGCAGUUUUAUGCUCCCUACACGACAUUUAGUGCGUUCGCUUUCUCCGGUCCCGUCCCGUAUUCCAUCCACCGAGUCAUAUGUAUAAAAAGGCAUGGCGAACUGCACUCAUGUAUUCAGUUGGUUUGAUCGUAUGCGCAAGCCGCCGGAAUCACCAUUACAAGGACCGUUCCGUGUGUUCGAACGCACUAACAAGACCCACCAGUUUCUUCACGGUGAUCAGGAGGAUGUGGUGCGCAUCGAUCAGGUCAAAGGUGCCGUCGCAGAGAAGCUUCCGGAUCUGCCCCAAAGACGAAACUAUGCUGGAUCCCUAUCCCAUGCUCCUCCACCUACUUUACUUCCCUACCCCAGUCUCGUUCUCCUUCUCCACCUUCCAUUUCUCCGCCCCGUGUACUACCUGUUCUGCCACGUCCGCAAUCACCGACUUCAACCUCCUCCUCCUCCUCCUCCUCCUCCUCCUCCAACCCUUCCACCUCAGCACGCACUCAACUGCCUCUUCCCCCCAAGUUCACUUCCCUGAUCGUCUAG